CGUGUGGAAAUGCCUGUUCCGCCACAGCGACUCCGCCAACCAGCACACGAGACAGGCCUCCCGCCUGGGGCGCCUGGGCUGGACGCCGCCAAGCUGGGCUGCUGCCGCCUGGGGUCGUCGCCGGAGUGCCGCGGGCUGUGCGGGCGCGCAUUCUCGCGCGAGUGGGGGCGCGCGUGGGACGCCCUGCACUCGGCCUGCCUGGCGCGGCCGCAGGAGGCCGCCCUCGCCGCCUGCCUGGCCGAGGCCGACGCGCCGUGCCAGCAGGGCUGCGCCGGCAUGGCCUUCUGCGCCACCUUCAACAACCGGCCCAACGCCCUCUUCCGCUCGUGCACGCCCAGGGCCGACGACGCCGCCCGCAAGGACUUCCAGCUGUGGCAGGACAGCCUGACGCUGACGCUGCCGGGGCUGACGGCGGCCGUGCCCCUGCGCGGCGUCAAGGAGUGCCAGCCUGACAUGUGGCGCGCCGUCGCCUGCUCGCUGCACCUGCGCCCGUGCCACGCCCGCGCCCUCGCCCACGCCGUCUGCAGGGAGGACUGCGUCAGGCUGCUCUCCAGGACUUCCUCUCCCCCGCAGGUGCGUGCGGGCGCCUCGGGCGGCGAGAGCGCCGCAGCCGCGGCGCCGUGUGCAGCGCCCUCAGCCCGCCCCGGCAGCCCCUGCGUGACGCUGGCGCCCUUCCUGGCGCCGUCGGCCGCGGCCGCGCGAGCCGCCGUGCGAGUGCCCACCUUCCCGUGCCGCCCGCACCCGUGCCCGCCGCGCCACGUCUGCUCCGUCAACCCGAACCAUUUAACCCCAACCCCCCGCCCCCGAAUGAGAAUCCCCGCCGCCCAUCGCCAAUCCCCAGCGCUAAUCCUCCGUCUGCCUUCCCUCCCCGCCCUCAGCAGCCCCGAAUCCGCCAGGUGUGGGCGCGUGUGCGAGUGCGCGCGCGAGGGCGUCCUGCAGGGGUGCCGCUACCUGCCCUGCGUUGACCCUGCGCCCUGCCUGGCUCGCCGCGCCAAGUAUG